AUGAGUGACCGUGAGGACAGCUUCGUACCUUCAACUCGCGUCAACCAGCCCUUCGCCUCGCCACAACCAACCCUUCGCCUCGCCACAACCAACCCUUCGCCUCGCCACAACCAACCCUUCGCCUCGCCACAACCAACCCUUCGCCUCGCCACAACCAGCCCUUCGCCUCGCCACAACCAGCCCUUCGCCUCGCCACAACCAGCCCUUCGCCUCGCCACAACCAACCCUUCGCCUCGCCACAACCCUUCGCCUCGCCACAACCAGCCCUUCGCCUCGCCACAACCAUCCCUUCGCCUCGCCACAACCAACCCUUCGCCUCGCCACAACCAACCCUUCGCCUCGCCACAACCAACCCUUCGCCUCGCCACAACCCUUCGCCUCGCCACAACCAGCCCUUCGCCUCGCCACAACCAGCCCUUCGCCUCGCCACAACCAGCAUUUCACCUCGCUACAACCAGCCCUUCACCUCGCUACAACCAGCCCUUCGCCUCGCCACAACCAGCAUUUCACCUCGCUACAACCAGCCCUUCACCUCGCUACAACCAGCCCUUCGCCUCGCCACAACCAGCCCUUCACCUCGCCACAACCAGCCCUUCGCCUCGCCACAACCAACCCUUCGCCUCGCCACAACCCUUCACCACUACGGACGUGUCUGAGGCAGCGGGUCCCGCCCAAGUCUGGCCUCUUCCCGCCUUGUUAAAACUCCCGCCAUUGCUUAAGAGGUUCGCAACGCAAUACUCAAAUCGUGUUUUGAUGCGAGAUCCAGGACGGCUUUGA